UCCUUAAAAUAAUAGUCAAAUUUUCUAUUUUUCUUCUUCCUCUUUUGGGCUUUUUCUUGUGAAACCGUUUCACUCCUGUUUCCAUCAUCCAUCCAAUACCCACCUCCCUGUUUUCCACACACACAAACACAUCCCUUUGCUAUCACCACUACAAUUUUCCUACCUGGGUUUGAUUCCAUUCCCCUUAAUUCCCCCAAAGUUUCAUCCUUUUUCACUAAUUUAUAAUUCUUGAUAAAGAUUUCCAAGAUGAAAUGUUUUAGCAUUUUUAGCUCAAAGAAAAGAGGGAAAUCAUCACCUGAGCUUAGGGAAGAAAACCCAUCAAGGAAACCAACUGCAAGAUUGGUGAAAUCAACUGGGUCAAUUGUAUCUUCACCAAAAAGUAUACCUGAAUUGUACAAAGAAAAAGGACAUAAUUUGAGAAAGUUUUCAUUUUCUGAACUUAGAAAUGCAACCAAUAAUUUUAAUAGGUUGUUAAAGAUUGGUGAAGGUGGAUUUGGUAGUGUUUAUAAAGGCUCAAUUAAGCCUCUUGAUGGUCAAGGUGAUCCUUUUGCUGUUGCUAUCAAGAAACUUAAUAGAAAUGGCAUGCAGGGGCAUAAAGAAUGGCUUGCAGAAGUUCAGUUUCUUGGUGUUGUUGAACAUCCUAACCUUGUAAAGCUUUUGGGAUACUGCUCAGCAGAUGGAGAACGAGGGAUACAAAGGCUACUGGUUUAUGAGUACAUGCGAAACAAGAGCCUUGAAGAUCAUCUUUUUGGCCGAGCAUUGCCUCCACUGUCUUGGAUAAGGAGACUAAAAAUCCUCUUAGGCGCAGCUGAGGGUCUCACUUAUCUUCACGAAGGUUUAGAAAUCCAGGUGAUAUUUCGUGACUUCAAGUCUUCGAACGUGUUGUUGGACGAAAACUUCAAUGCAAAACUUUCAGAUUUCGGUCUUGCUAGAGAAGGACCACAAGGGGAUCAAACUCAUGUGUCUACAAGGCCUGUAGGGACAUACGGAUAUGCUGCCCCGGAAUACGUUGAAACGGGUCACCUUAAAUCAAAUAGCGAUUUAUGGAGUUUCGGAGUCGUACUCUACGAAAUCCUAUCUGGCCGAAAGGCGAUAGAUAGAAACCUACCACAACCUGAACAAAAACUUAUUGAAUGGGUGAAACAGUUCCCAGCCGAUGGCAAGAGGUUUCGGAUGAUCAUGGAUCCACGUUUAAACAAUCAAUAUUCACUUAGUGCAGCCCGGAAAGUUGCAAAACUGGCCGAUAGCUGCUUGCGCAAGAACCCUGAUGAUCGACCCACAAUGAGUAGGAUAGUCGAGGUCUUACAAGAGGCAAUUAGAGAGUCAGAAGACAGUAGCAUUUCUGAAACCCGGAGUCCGUUACCGGAACCAUCUACACGGAGAAUGGUUCAUGUUUCUUAGGUUACAUUAAGACUGGAGUUGUGAGGUUUUUGUUGCUUAGAGACUAUGUGAUGCAAGGAAAUAAUUUUUUAUUUUUUGUAUGAAUGAAUAAAAAUAAAGAUAGGUUUCAUAUGUAAGAGUUCUCUUUGUACAUACAUAUAUUCAGGUGUGUUUUUAAGUGUAAUAAUGAUAUUCUUAUUAACAUUUUUCUUUUCAAGGUGAUAGUUAACGAAUUUAUUUUGUCAAUUUUGUUUGGCAGAUGGUUGGAUAAUGCAAGACAAGUAUAUUCAACUAGCAAGUUGAAUUGUUCAUUUGUUUGUCUUUUUUAUUCUAUUCUAUAUUUUUUAAAUUUAACAAAUGUAAUUGUAUGUACGUAAUUGCUGUGUUAUUUAUUUAUUUUUUUUCUUAAAUGUGUCGUAAAGCAUAUGAUUUAAUGUAA